UAUGGUGACAUUUGGUUCGGACAGAAACAUUCAGACCUUAUGUUGCUUUUUAUUCCAACACGUCUUUGGAUCUCUCACUCUGUCUGAGAAUCUGCAGCUGGAUCAAUAAAAGGAGUGGAAGGAUGGAGGGUGAGGAGGACGGGGCGGGGCGAGUCAGAGAGCUGCAGGAGCAGCGCAUGACGGUGCAGAAGAAAACCUUCACCAAGUGGAUGAACAGUGUCUUCACUAAGAACGGGGUGGAGCUGACUGACGUUUACACGGAGCUGAAGAGCGGAGUCGUCCUCAUCCGUCUGCUGGAGCUCAUCUCCAGAGAGACGCUGCCCCCGCCGAGCCGCCGCACACUGAGAGUCCACUGUCUGGAGAACAACGGCAUCGCCAUCAGCUUCCUCAAAACCAAGAUUCGAGUGGAUCUGAUUGGUCCAGAGAAUGUGGUGGACGGGGACCGUACGCUGAUCCUGGGUCUGCUGUGGAUCAUCAUCCUCAGGUUCCAGAUCGGACCCAUCAACCUGGAGGAGGCUGGAGGAGGCAGUGUUGCUCAUCGCUCAGCGAAGGCGGCUCUGCUGAUCUGGUGUCAGAGGAAGACGGCCGGUUACGACGGCGUCGACAUUCACGACUUCUCUUCCAGCUGGAGGAGCGGACUGGCCUUCAACGCCCUGAUCCACACACACCGGCCUGACCUUUUCGACUACCGCCGUCUCCAUGGCGAUGACCCCCGCCGUAACCUGGAGCACGCCUUCUCGGUGGCGGAGCGUGAGUUUGGCAUCAUGCAGCUGCUGGAGGUGGAGGACAUGGUGGUGCCCCAUCCGGACGAGAAGUCCAUCAUGACCUACGUGUCUCUGUACUACCACUACUUCUCCAAGAUGAAGCAGGGACAGACCAUCCAGAAGAGACUCGCCAAGAUAGUCGGGAUGCUGAUGGAGCUGGAUGACAUGAAGGUCCAGUAUGAGAGGCUGGUCUCAGAUCUGCUUCACUGGAUCAAGACCAAGGUGCUGCAGCUGAACGACAGACGAUUCCCAAACUCUGUGAGGGAGACGCAGAAGCUGAUGAUGGCGUUCAAGACCUACAGGACGGUGGAGAAACCUCCCAAAUAUCAGGAGCGCGGGGCGAUCGAAGCUCAUCUGUUCAGUCUGAAGACUCAGCUGGCAGCCAACAACCAAUGGGCUUACAAUCCUCCAGAGGGUAAAACCCUCAGUGACAUAGAGAAGAGUUGGGUUCUGCUGGAGAGAGCCGAACACGAGCGAGAGCGAGCCCUGCAGGAGGCGCUGCUCCGUCUGGAGAACCUGGAGCAGCUCGCCCAGAAGUUUGAGAGGAAGGCAGCACUGAGGGAGGGCUACCUGGAGGACACGCUGCGUCUGAUCCGGAGGCAGGACAUCCGGGGUCUGUCCUCCCUGGAGGAGGCCCAGGCGGCUGGCCGGCGUCUGGAGGCGCUGGCCACCGACGCUCUGGCCAGAGAGCCGCGCUUCGCCGCCCUGAGAGACAUGGCGGAGACCAUCGAGAGAGGAAACUACCACAGCAAGGAGCAGAUCAUCAGGAGAGAGGAGAACAUUAGCCAUCGAUGGAAGGACCUCCUGCAGCAGCUCCAAGAGCAGAGGGGGCUGCUGGGAAACAUAGUUGAAAACCUGGGCGUCCUCCGAGACAUCGAGCUCGUCUCCCAGGAACUAAAAGAACUGCAGUCCCAGGCCAGUUCCUCUGAACUGGGGAAACAGCUGGCGGAGGUGGAGUCUCUCCUUCAGAAGCAGGAUCUCCUGGAAGCUCAGAUCUCAGCUCACGGUGAAACCAUCGCCGCCAUCAGCAGCAAGACACUGAAGGUGAAGGUGAGAGACGGUCAGCAGAUUCAGGGCAGAGUGAGAGCUCUGGACUCUCAGUACAGAUCUCUGGUUUCCCUCAGCAGCAGCAGGAGGAGACAGCUGGAGGCCCAGUUGAGGCUGUUUGAGUUCUUCUAUGACUGUGAGGAGGUGGAGGCCUGGCUCUAUGAACGCUGGUUGAGGCUGCAGACGGCCGGACUCGGACGAGACCUGAACCACAUCCAGCUGACCCAGCACAAACACAAGGCGUUGGAGGCGGAGCUUCAGGCCCAGGAGUCUCUGUACCAGGGGGUUCUGGGUCGUGGUCAGGACCUGCUGUCCAAACAGAGUCAGCUCAACCAGCGAGCCAUCCAGAAGUGGAUCCGAGCCCUGAAGAAGCAGUGGGGCCACCUGACCGAGGAGGCCACGGGACGCCGCAACAGACUGCAGGCCGCCGCCGCCAUCAAGCAGUACUUUGCAGAUGUGGCGGAGGCCGACUCCUGGCUGGGUGACAGGAAACCGCUGCUGACCAGCGAGGAUCAUGGGAAGGACGAGUCGAGCACGGCGGCGUUGCUGCAGCGCCACCUGCGGUUGGAGAGGGAGAUGGCGGCCUACGCCUCGGAGAUAAAGAGACUGACGGAGCAGGCGAGGAGCGCCGCACAGCUAACGGCUCUGACUGUGAGUACGGACUUAAAUCACGAGGAGGGUCCAGGAGCUGUGACAUCACCGCCAACUGGCGCCAGGGGGGGCAGGGGCUCCGGGAGCUCCCCCUCUCAGAGUGACAACAGCAAGGCCAAGGUCCGCUUCAAAUACAGCAGAGGUCAGUUUCCGUGGGAUCGUAAUGAGAUCGUAACCAUCGUCGGCACCGAGCCGGACGGAGACCGAGUUCUGGCCAGAGACGGCCGAGGAAACCAGCAGCUCGUCCCCAAAACCUACCUGAGCCUGCUGCCGGCCACCGCUCCUCCCGCCUCCCCUCCCGUCUCCACCAAUGGCGUGCCAGAGAGCCCGAGCAGGAAGCUAAGUCGUCCGAGGCGCAGUCGCUCGAUGCGUCGCGGCACCGCCGAGAUCCAGACGACGUGGCUUCUGGACCCACAGUACCAGAGAGACACAGUGGAGAGCACGCAGGCCGGGCUGGACCGGGACUACAACUCCCUGUUCCACCUGGUCACGACGAAGACAAAGAGUCUGCAGGAGAUGCUGCGUCUGCAUCGAUUCUACAACAGCUGCCAGGAGUUUGAGUCGUGGAUGGAGGACAAAGAGAACAUCCUGAACACCUUCAGCACCGACGGUGACAACCUGGGAGUCGUUCAGGCCAAAUACGAGAACUUCCUGACUGAGUUGGUGAGUGGGCGUGGCCAGUUGGAUGACAUCAUCCGAAUGGCGGAGGAGUUGGUGAAGAGCCGGCACAGUAAACAGAGAGAGAUCCAGGCCAGACAGAAGAAGGUCUCCAGCAGGUGGGAUCGGAUCCAGCAGCUGAAGGACGAGAAGGGACACGAGCUGCUGAGCACGGCCGACGUCCAGUCCUUCCUGCAGAGCUGCCAGGAGGCCAAAGCUCAGCUGCAGGGUCAGCUGUCCGGCCUCGACGUCGUGGACGUGGGCUGCAGCUCCUUCACCCUGCUGGCCGAGGAGAAGACCCAGAGCCAGACCCUCAGAGACAUCCAGACCCUGGAGGCCAAGAUCGCCUACCUGAAGAGCGUCGCCAAGAUGAAGCAGGACUGCAGUCCAGCAGAGAGCGCAGCCAUCGUGGAGGAGGUUCAGGGUCUGGAGACUCUGCUGGAUCAGCUGAAGCAUCAGGCUGCAGACAGACAGCGGCUCCUGGAGGAGGCCCGCAGCCUGCAGAGCUUCCAGCGACGGGCCAAGGAGCUGCAGCGCUGGGCCACCUCGGCCCAGGAGCGCCUCCUGCAGGAGGAGACGGCCACCGACGUGGCCUCGGCCGCGGCCCUGCUGGAGCAGCACCGGGAGCUCCGGCUGGAGAUGGAGGAGCAGAGGAGCAGGUGGAAGGAGAUGGAGAAGUUGGGGAAAUCUCUUCAGCAGGGCUCAUCCAAUGGGAAACCGGGAGGUGUGGACAUCCAGCAAAACCUGGACAAGCUCAAAGCCGAUUGGUCCAAGCUUGACGAGCUGUGGACCAGUAGGAGGGAGCAGUUGGAGCAGGGGGCGGAGCUCCAGAGGCUGAACCAGGAGGGAGACCGCAUCGAGGCGUCACUGUCUGGACACGAAGCUCGUCUGAAGGUCAAAGAUGUCGGGGACUCGGUGGACGGCGUCCACAGUCUGCUGGGCCGACAGGACGAGCUGGAGGGUCUCCUGAAGGCUUUGGACCAACGAGUGGAUCGUUUCACCGAACGCAGCCAGGAGCUCAUCAACCAACGACACUACGCUGCCAAACGCAUCAAGGAGAGGAGCAGCAGCAUCCAGAAGGCCAACAUGAAGUUGAAGGAGAGCAGCAGGCAGAGGAGGAGUCUGCUGCUGGCCUCAAAGAAAUAUCAGGAGUUCCAGAGAGACGCAGACGAGCUGCUGCUGUGGAUGGAGGAGAAGUUCAAGGUGGCGGAGGACGAGUCGUACCGCGACCCCACCAACGUCCUCCCGAAGCUGAAGAGACACGAGGCGGCCGAGAGGGAGAUGCAGGCCAACCAGGUGUGGCUGGACAGACUGCUUCAGCUGGGGCAGGAGAUGCUGGCUGAAGAGCACUACAGCAGUCAGAGCAUCAGCAGGAAGUCGACUCAGGUCAGCAGCCGGUGGAGGAGACUUCAAGACAAGAUGGCCGACAGAGGAGACAAACUGAGACAGGCGGGGCAGCAGGAGCAGCUGAUGGAGCUGCUGCAGGAUGCCAAGCUGAAGAUUGAGGCCAUCCAGUGGAUGCUGAACAACGCUGCCAAAGGUCACGACCUCCGCUCCAGCAGACAGCUUCUGAAGGAGCAUCAGCAGCUGGAGCAGGAGGCCAAGGAGCUGGCGGAGAAGAUCAACUCCAUCGUCAGCAGGGCCAAACGCCUCGCCUCCAAUCAUUUCGACUCCCAGAGGAUCCUCCAGGAGACCGACACCUACCUCACUCUGUUCAAGUCCCUCCAGAAGCCUCUGGACCGGCGUCGAGCUCAGCUGGAGGCGUCGGUGCUGCUGUUUGGGUUUUAUCAUGACGUGGACCUGGAGCUCAGCUGGAUCUCUGAACAUGUUCCUGCCUCUGGAUCUACAGGAUACGACAAGUCUCUGGCUGGAGCCAUCAGCCUCAUGCAGAAACACAAGGAGCUGCAGGCGGAAGUGAACGCCCACCGAAAACACCUGAACCACAUCCUGGAGAAGGGGCGGGGCCUGGCCAAAUCCAGCAAAUCAGACGGAGAGGAGGUGCUCCAGAGGUGUAAACACCUGAGUGCAGAGUGGGAGGAGCUAGAGGAGGCCUGCAAAAGGAGAGCAGCUCACCUGAGCAAGGCCAUCACCAGAGAGCAGCUGCUGUUGGACUGCUCCGAGCUGGAGUCCCGGCUCACCGAGACCCUCGCUCUGGUGAACACCGACGACUACGGCAAAGACCAGCUGGCCACGCAGAGUCUCCUCACCAAACACCAGGUGUUGGAGGGCCAGCUGGAGGUGCUGGAGGUGGAGGUGGAGGAGCUGGGAGACCAGGUGGAGCAGGCGGUUCACAACUGGAGCCUGGAGGAGCUCAGCAGGCCUCACAGUCGCCUCAGCAGCCUGAACCAGCAGCUGCAGCACCAGGCUGCUCUCAGAGGUCAGAGGCUAAAGGAAGUCCUCCACCUCCACGAGUUCAGACGAGAGUCCUCAGAGUUGGAGGACUGGAUGGACCAGCAGAGACAGACAGCAGAGUCUCAGGACCUGGGCAACGACUACCAACAUGUCCAGUUGCUUCGCGGGAAGUUUGAAGGUUUCCUGAGUCAGCUGGAAGUCGGAGAGGAGAGACUGCAGAGCUGCAGAGAGCUGGCUGCUCGACUGAUCCGCAACAAGCAUCCACAGAGCUCUGCAGUCCGAGAGACGCUGCAGCAGCUCAGUGCAUGCUGGGAGGAUUUGAGGAGCGUGGCCAGGGAGCGUCAGGAUCAGCUGCAGAGAGCCGAGGAGUGUCACCGCUUUUACCGAGACCUGACCGACGCUCUGACCCUCAUCAAGGAGCGACAGAAGAGCAUCCCCGAUGACGUGGCCAAGGAUUUGAGAGGAGUGAUGUCACAGCUGAGGAAACAUGAAGCUCUGCUCCACGAGCUGGCUGCCACGGAGCAACAGUUGCAGGAGCAGCUGGACGCCGUCGAGUCCAUCCUGGACCGCUGCACGCCGCAGUUGAAGCUCUCUCUUCAGGAAGUGCAGCAGGAAGUGGUGGAGCGGUGGGAGGAGCUCCGACUCCACGCGGAGCAGAGGGAGGAGGAGCUAAAACUGACGUGCCAGAGAUAUCUGUUCCUGAACACGGCGCAGGACUACUUCCUGUGGUGCAGCCAGCUGAUCGGAGCGAUGGCCGCCGAGGAGAGCAUCAGCGACGUGGCCACCGCCGACCUCCAGCUGGGGCAGCACCAGCAGCUGUGGGCCGAGAUGGAGGCCAGACAGGAGACCUACCAGCAGGCUGUGGACAUGGGGGAGCAGCUGAAGACGCAGGAGAGGACCAACAGGAAGGAGGUGUCGGAGAAGCUGGAGGCUCUGAAGGAGGAGCGGGACAAACUGGAGGAGCAGUGGAACCAGAAACAGAGCUGGUUGGAGAGCGUUCACCUGGAGCAGAUCUUCUACAGAGACGUCAACAGCGUGGACAAGACCUCCAGCUCUCAGGAGAUCCUGUUGCAGAACGGCACUCUGGGAAACGCGGUGGAUGAGACGGAGGGUUUGAUCAAACGCCACGAAGCUUUUGAGAAGCUGCUCAGCUCGCAGGAGGACAAGAUGUCCUCUCUGAAGGAGCUGGCCGAGCGGCUGAAGAAGCAGCUGAGCAGAGAGAAGAGCGGACGGGUCCAAACCAAACUCAAGGCCCUCCUCCAGAGACGCGACAGGAUCAAGGAGCUGUCCGUCAAACGCAGGGAGGAGCUGGAGCUCUCCAGGAAGCUGUGCAUCUUCAACCGAGACGUUGCCGAGGCCGAGGAGUGGGUGUCUGAGCGGAUGCAGAAGAUGGCGGAGGACGGGAAAGCCGACCUCAGCAAUCUGCAGGCCAAGAUGAAGCUUCUGCAGAAGCAUCAGGUGUUUGAGGCGGAGAUCCUGGCUCACGGAGAGAUCAUCGGCUCGGUGCUGCAGGCCGGGGAGGAGCUGGUCUCCCUUCGACACCGGAGGUCCAAGGAGGUGAAGAGGAGUUCAGCCGCCCUGCAGCUCCACUGGGAGGAGCUGAAGAAGGCCCUGGCCACCCGGGGGAAAGCUCUGGAAGACAACAGGGACUUCCUGGAGUUCCUCCAGAAAGUGGAGGAGGUGGAGGCCUGGAUCCGACACAAGGAGGUGAUGGUUAACGUUGGAGAUGUUGGGAAGGAUUAUGAACAUGGAGUCCAGCUGCUGAAGAAACUCAGCGAGUUCAGGGGAACUGGAGACGGGAACGUGACGGUGGACGACGCUCACAUCACCGCCAUCGACAGGCUGGCAGCCCGGCUGGAGAAGAGGCAGAGCGCCGACGAGCUGGUCACCGUCCGACGGAGGAGACAGCAGCUCAACGACAGGUGGAGCAAGUUCCACGGGGAUCUGAACAAUUACAAGAGGAAGCUGGAGGGGGCGCUGGUGGUCCACGGCCUCAUCAGAGAGCUGGAGGAGGUCCGGGACAGAGCCAACGAGAAGAUGCUGCUGCUGCAGGGUCAGGACUGUGGUUCUGACGUGGACGGCGUGGAGAACCUGAUCCGACGCCACGAGGAAACGGAGCGAGAGGCCGGGGUCAUCCAGGAGAGGUCAAAGGUCCUGGAGAAGGAGGUCUCAGAACACCUGAAGGCUCGAUCAGUGAUGAGCGACCAGCUGAAGAACAAACAGAAGGAGGUGCAGAAAGCUCUGAAGACGCUAGAAAAGGAGGUGAAGCUCAGGAAGGAGAAGCUGCAGGAGGCGCACCAGCUGCAGCUGUUCAAAGCCAACCAGCGCCUCCUGCUGGAGUGGAACCUCAAGCAGAGCAGCGAGAUGGCAGAGAAGGGCCUCCCCAAGACCAGAGCCGAGGCGGACCGGCUCAUCGUGGAGCACCAGGACUGGAAGACGGAGAUCGACGCCCGCGCCGAGCGCAUCGACUCUGUCCGGGACUUCGGUCUGGGUCUGAUCCGGUCGGGUCACAGGUCCAAGGCAGAGAUCCAGAAGGCCCUGAACCAGCUGGAGGAAGCCAAAUCCGGACUGGACCGAGCCUGGCUGAACCGCAUCAAGACCCUGGAGCAGGCCAGAGCCCUGCAGGUCUUCCUGGUCUCUGUGGAGCAGUGUGAGACCUGGUUCACCAACAAGGAGGCCUUCCUCUCCAACCAGGACCUCGGGAGCUCGGUGACGGAGGUGGAGUCUCUGCAGAGGAAGCAGGCUCAGUUUGAGGAGGAUCUGGAGGCUCAGCUGGACCAGCUGGACCAGGUGGAGAAACUGGGCCAGAAGAUGAUCCAGCAGAAACACUACGACUCCGACAACAUCAAAGCCAAGAGCAAAGCGCUCGCAGUCAGGAGGAGUCAGCUGCAGAAGCAGAGCAGAUCUCGUCACAAAGAUCUGGAUGGAUCACUGAAGCUGCAGCAGUUCUUGUCCAGCAGCUACCAGGUGUGUGUGUGGCUGAACGAGCGUAACGCCGUGGCUCUGGAUGAGAGCUGGAGGGAACCAACCAACCUUCAGGCCAAACUGCUGAAACAUCAGAGCUUCGAGGCCGAGAUCCUCGCCAACCGCUACCGAGUGGACGCGCUCACCAAGGAAGCAGAGAAGCUGCUGUCUGAGUGUCGAUCAGCUGAACUGAAGGUUGGACUUCGUCUCGGAGAGCUGACGGACAGCUGGGACGCUCUGAUCCACAACUGUAAGGAGAAGAAAACCAGACUGCAGGAGGCCUACCAGGCGCUGCAGUUCCAGCGUUCGUUGGACGACAUGGAGACGUGCGUGGUCUCUGUGGAGAGAGAGCUGACCAAUCAGGACUGUGGAAGCGACCUGCCGUCCGUCAACAGGCUGCUGAAGGCUCUGCAGGGUCUGGAGGAGGAGGUGGACGGACACAGAGACAGAAUCCAGGGUCUGGUGGAAACGGCAAAAAGCUUCCACUCUCAGGGAAACUUCCUCGCCGAGGAGAUCCAGAGCAGAGUGGCUCACACCAUCAACAGGUACAACGGUCUGGCUGAGCCCCUGCAGAGUCGGAGGGAAACCCUGGAGGCCUGGCAGGUUCUGUUCCAGUUCUACAGGGACCAGGAGGAGGAGGUGGCCUGGCUGAGCGACCGACUGCCCUCCAUCACGGCUGGAGACUGGGGGAGCUCGCUGAGCGGCGCCCAGCAGCUGCUCCACAGACACCAGGCUGUGAUGCAGGAGAUCUCAAGCCGCGCCCCAUUGGUCCAGGCCGUUCAGGAGGCGGGGCAUAGUCUGGUCAGAGGUCGUCACUUUGCGUCUCACGACAUCCGGGAGCGUCUGGAGGAGCUGAAGAGUCUCCACGAGGAGCUGCUGAUGCAGGCGGAGAGGAAGGGGAAACUCCUGCAGGAGGCGCUCAGCAUCCACAGCUUCCUCUCUGAGGUGUCUGAGCUGCAGCUGUGGUCGGAGGAGCAGCGGGCAGGUCUGGAGUCUCGGGACUGCGGGAGGAGCGAGGAGGCGACGGAGGCCCUGCUGAGGAGGCUGGACUCUGUGGACGUGGAGCUGGAGAACCAGAGGAGGACGGUGGAGAGGCUGCAGGAGAGAGGAGCCUCGCUGCAGCACCUGGGACAUCCCAACAGCCACCUGGUGAGCGAGUCUCUCCCCGGCGUCCCUGAACGUUACGAGACUCUCCUCCGACUCUCCGCCGCUCGUCGCGCCGCUCUGGAGGAACAGCUCCGCCUCUUUGUGUUUGAGAGGGAAGCCAAAGAACUACAAACAUGGCUGACCUCCAAGAAGACCGUGGCCGAGUCCAAGGACUGCGGACAAGAUCUGGAGGACGUAGAGGUCCUACAGAAGAAGUUGGAGGUCCUGGUGUCGGAGGUGUCGGGUCUGGGUCGGACCCGGCUGACCUCGGUGCAGCAGCUGGGCAGCGGGCUGCAGCAGGACGGCGAGGCCCGGAGGACGGACGACGCCCUCAGCGAACUGUGGGACGGCCUCAACGGCAGCAUCAGGACCAGAGAACAGAACCUGCAGUCGGCGAGGGAGGUCCAUCAGUUCCACCACGACGUGGACGAGCUGAAGGGCUGGAUGGCUGAGAAGGAGGCCGUGCUGGACUCUGAGGACCAGGACCAGGACCAGGACCUGCACUCCAUCCAGACUCUGCUGAGGCAGCACGAGGCGCUGGAGAGGGACCUGGUCCUGAUCUCUGAGGAGGUCACCAGGAGCCGGGAGGAGGGCCGGGCUCUGAGCCGACGGCAGCCUCACUUCAGAGCCGCGGUGACUCGGAGGCAAGAGGAGCUGGAGGUCUGCUGGACCAGCAUCCAGGACAAGGCCUCCCAACGCCGGGCCAGACUGGACCAGGCCCAGGACGUCCAGAAGUACCUGUCCCACUGGACCGAGCUCAUGGCCGGGCUGAGGGAGACGCUCUCUCUGGUUCGAGGGGAGGCGCUGAGCGUGGAGGGAGGCGACCCGGAGCAGCUCCUCAAGAAGCACGAGGAGUACCGCGUCCAGAUGGACCGACAGCUCGGCAAGUCACAGGCCGCCAAAGAGGAAGGGAGGCGCCUGAUAGAGGGAGGAAACCACAUGUCCCCAGAGGUGGAGGAGCGCGUGAGGGAGCUGGAGGAGCUGGAGGUGCGGGUGGAGAAGAUGUGGGAGGAGACCAGGGUCCAGUAUGAGGAGGAGCUGGAGAUCUCCCUCCUGCAGAAGGAGCUGGAGCAGGCGGAGCACUGGCUGAGCUCCUACGAGAACUCGCUGACGGCCGAGGACUUCGGGGACUCUGUGUCAGAUGUUAUGGAGCUCCUGAAGAGGCAGGAGGACCUGGAGGCCAUGAUCCAGGCCCAGAGCGACCGCUUCAUCGCACUACAGAAGAAGAAGACACAGAGGGAGAAGAGACUUGAUGGAAACUCGGACCUUCAGGACAGAAAACCUGCAGCCAUAGUUUCGUCUCUGAGGAGGAAACCGUCGGAUCCAAAGACCUCCUCCUCCAGGGACGUCGUCCGUCCAGUCAGCAGCGGUCGGAGGACGGACAGAGCCGUCAGAACGUCCACUCUGGACGGGAGGAGCAGUCUCACAACCUCUCCUAGUCCCCCACGCAGCACCUCCCCCCACCUCCUCUCCAGGAGACAAUGCAGCAGUGGGAGAAAGAAAUGGGAGGCGGAGGAAGACGCCAGCAGUCCUCCUGCUAGUCCCAGCUCCAGCCCGACACAUGGCGUCCUCCUCAGAGCAUCACCUGACUCCUCCUCUCCCAAACGUCCUCUGUCUCCUCCUCCCUCCUCCCCUCAACGUCCUCUGUCUCCUCCUCCUCCUCCCCUCAACGUCCUCUGUCUCCUCCUCCCUCCUCCCCUCAACGUCCUCUGUCUCCUCCUCCCUCCUCCCCUCAACGUCCUCUGUCUCCUCCCUCCUCCCCUCAAACCUCCGUCUCUUCUUCAUCUCCUGAGAAAGACCGUCGUCCCCGAUCCAAACCUCCUCUGGCUACAAAGCCCAGGAUCUCCUCCACAGAGCGGACCUUCGGACGUCGCUCUGAGACGCCCGCUGCACCACCUGACUCGCCUCCGCCAAUCAGAGCGCUUGUUGCUCCCACUGAGCCGCCGCCGUCGCCUCCUCCAGUCGCAGAAAGACGUUUUCCACCUGAAUCUCCUUCGACGAGGCUGGAGAUCCACAACGAGUCUCCUGAUGCUGAACCGGUUCCACCAGCUGACUCCCCAACUGCUGCACCAAUCGCAGAGGAGGAGAUGGCAUCAGCUGACUUCGCUCGUCCAACCCGAGCUGCCUCCAUCUCCUCCACAGCAACACAGGAAGUUAAACGGCGUAGCAGAGGAAGAAGCCAGCGUCCACAGCUCCACACUGAAGGUGACAGCACAGAAGCCAAUCAGGAUGGAGGGGACGCUGGAGAUCAAACUGAAACAAGGAGGGAACAAGGGUCUGGAGCACUGGGAGGAGGUGUUCGCUGUUCUGGAAGGAGAGACGUUCAGCCUGUUCAACGACAGGGCGGCUGCUGCAGAGAAAACCUCUAGGUGGCCUCCCGUCAACGUGGACAGAGCCGUUUGCAGAGAGAACAUUUACAACAGGAGGAAGGAGAACACCUUCAGACUCAUACUGGAGGACGGCAGUCAGUAUCUGUUUUCAGCGUCCAGCAGAGAACUUCAGCUGCUUUGGGUGAAGAAACUCAAAAACUGCUCUGAAUCUACCAGCAGCGACUCUGACGACUCAGGGAGAGCGUCGUCGGUCAACCUGAGUUUGGAGAAGCUGGUCGAGGCUCCGGAUGAUUCGUCCUCCACCAAACCGGUGGAGAGCAGAGCUGAGAGCCUGGAGAGGCAAUCGUCCACCGAGGGGCAGCCUCCUCCCAAACCCCCCCACACCUACUACAACAAGCACCGCUACCCCGAGGACGGGGGGGUCCGGACCACAGGUACAGAGAGCCGUCAAACUCCGCCCCCUACAGGGACGACUCCUCCUCCCCCAAACGCCCAGGACCCCCCCACUGUGACCCCCCAGCUACCGGAGGACAACGCCGGCAGAGACAAGUCGAGGAAGGGCGUCUUCAGGAAGUUUUUCACUAAGAAGUAAAACCUUUUACAUCAGACAGACACUUUCCUUUAAUGCUGGGAAGCCAAAUGGUGCAUUAAUAUUGGAAUAAUAAUGAUAACUUUAUUUAAAGCACCUUUUUAAAACAGAGAAUAACACAUAAAUAAUAAAACAUGAAGAUGACAGAGGAAAUGUCAUACAAGCAAAAAUAGAUUUACUUACAAAGUGCUUUUAUUUAAGUGCCUCACAUUGACGAGCUAGAACGUCUCUCUGCGUAAGAAGACCUUUUCCAAUCCGCUCCAGGAUGUAUUAUGUUCUUACUCGACCUGUUCUUCACGUUUCCUCCAAGUUUCAUGAAAAUCAGGCUUGUAGUUUUUUCUGUAAUCCUGCUGACAAACAGACAAACUGAACCGGUGAAUAAUCAGCGAUAAUACACUAAAAAACACAAUAAAAAACUCUGAACACAGUAGUAGUAGUAGUAGUAGUAAUAAUAGUAGUAGUAUUUCUGCUUCUACAACUGGUUGUAGUAAUGGUAGUACCGGUAGUAGUAUUUCUGCUAUUACCAGCGCUGGAAGUACUAGUAGUAGUAUUUCUGCUACUCCCUGCUUUGGUGGUAGUGGCAGCAGUGGUAGUAGUAGUAGUAGUAGUAGUAGUAGUAGUAUAGUAGUAGUAGUAGUAUUUCUGCUUCUACCACCGGUGAAAUACUUUGUUUAGUCUUCCAGUACUUCACUUUACAUACAAAUACAAUGAAAACAAGUAAAUAUACAGGAAGAGUAAAUAUGCAACAAAGUCUGUUCUGCAGCGUUCGGUCUCAGGUUAGUUUAAUGAACAGUUUCACAAAAAUAAAGACGACGUUUGUUUUAUUUAGUUUAAAAAGGAGGAAAAGACGAACUCAGAAUUCAGAACCGUGUUUCCAUGGUGACAAUCUGUGAUAAUCAGCUUGAAAGAAGUCUUCAUUUAUAAUAAUAAUUUGUAUUUAUUAUUCAUUUAUAGAGCACUUAUCAAAACAAAGUGCUACACAGAGAGAAUAAAUCUAUAAAAUAUCAAAAUUAAUUAUAAAACACAUGAAAACUAAAAACAAGAAAACAAAAAAAACAGGCAGAUCAGAUAAAAUCAGGAUCAACUUUCAGAUAAAAUACGUUUUUUUCCUCCUCUCUUCAUUAGCGUUCAUCCUGGAGACUAAAAUCUGGUCAUGAGGAGCCUUAAAGGUGAUCAAUAAUAUGAUCAAAUCAACCCUGAAACAAACAGGAAGCCAAUAUGAAACAGACGGGAUGUGAUCUGAACGAUCUGUGCUGUUUUUUAAUUUAUUCAAGAGGAGAAUUUAUCCAGAAUUCAUAAGUAUUUAGUUUCUGGUGAACGAAUAAGCAAACUGAUCUGAAAUCAAUCAGUCUGAUCAGCAGACGGACGGUUAACAUGAACUCUGAAACGGUUGUGAAGUGAUUUCAUCUGAAGAGUGUUCAUCUCCUCACAUUAAAGGUUAACAGACAAACUUUUGGUUUCCGUUUAUUUAUUAAUGAGCGAUGAAUCCAAACCUCUUCAGACUCCUUUCAGCCCGAUCAAUAAGUCGAUCAUUAGAGAUGAAGAGGCCCAUCAGGGGUUCAAACACUUCAUUCACGACUUUGGGGGAAAUCAAAGCCAAUUGAAGUGAUUUAGUCAUUCAGACAGAAUGACUCCGGUUCAUGAAUCCUAAACAUGUGACGUCAUCAUUGAUUAGUUGUUUACAUUAACGCUCCUCGUUAUUAUGUAUUAAAUAUUGAUCGUUGUAUUGAUAACUGUGAGAUAAUAAAACACAUACUGCAGAGGAAGAAGGAAACUCGUUAACUUGAUUUAACUGCACUGAAUGUUUUUGAUUAAAUAUUUCC